GGACACAUGAGGACUCAUUGCUCAGUGCCAUUCUGCGACUUUCCAUCCGAGCAAAGCGCAAAUUAUUCUAGCAAAGCAAUGUCACCCCGUGCCGUCUUCCUUCCGGCCGAGUGGAUCUUUCACUGCCUUGCUCGCCUCGAUCUCCAUUUUCAAAUUUGAACGCUAAGCACGAUUCCUCUCCUCCUUCGUCGAGUCACUCGGCCGUCUCGCCUUCCCGGCUGAAAGCUCGGACUGCAAUGGGUUCCUCCUCUACACUUGUGACGCUACUUCACUUGGCGACGGCCGCCAUCCAGAUCGGCAUGAACCUGAGUCCAGCCCCAGACAUGUACCGGGUGCACAAGUUCAAGACGACCGGGCAAAUGGCGCUGCUCCCUCUAGUGCUCAUGUGCUUCAACAACCACUUGUGGCUGCUCUACGGACUCCUGACCGGCAGCUACUUCCCGUUGUGCGCUGCGGCGCUGGUCGGAGAGACCGCCGGGAUCGUCUUCACGAGCGUCUACUACCGCUACGCACGCAACACACUGGAGACCCGUCGGACCUGCGGCGCUGCGCUCUUCGGUAUGGCGCUGGUUACGCUGUAUGUGUUGCUUGGCGUCACUGUCAAGACGGGGCAGUCAUUCGAUCAAGUGGUGCAGUCACUGGGCUACGUCGGUGCCAGUAUCAAUAUCUGUCUGUACGCGUCGCCAUUGGCAACGAUUAAGGUGGUCCUGGCGACCAAGUCGUCGGCUUCUGUGCCUAUCAACCUGUGCAUUAUGAUCUUCCUUAACUGCUGCAUGUGGGUGGCUACGUCUAUUGUGGACGACGACAUGUUCGUGUUGAUCCCGAGCGUUAUCGGUCUGGUGUUCAGCGGCGUGCAGCUCCCGCUCUACUUCAUCUACCGCCAAAAUACCCCCUACAUGGACUUGGAUGCCCAAUUGGAAGAAGGAUACGGCAUAAGGAACGUCGACAGCUUCAAGGAAGAGCUUAACCUGGAGGGCGAGUUACCUACGACCUACCGAACUGUGCGUCCGUCUCGCGUGGCGCGGUUCACGACCUACACGUACCAGCGAGCCGAAGGAACUCCACUCACUGUGGGAAGCAUGCCUUCAUUCUCAGCUACAGAGGAUAGUCCGCAUGUCGACCUCGAGAUGCAACCGCUUAUCCUAACACCCAUUGCGGCUUAA